AUGAUCAAGCAGCUAGAAAACCACAGCUUACCCCCCGGGAGCAAAAGCAAACAAGCAGGCGGUGUCAUCCAGGGGCAAAGGCCGAGCCAACGACUCAAGGCCGUACAGGAGGCUAAGCCUGCGUUUUGUUGCUGCUUGCAUGGACGGUCCCCUCUCCCCCACACGUACAAAAGGUCGAGCCGGAUGCGGACGAUCUUGGGCUUAGCAUCGAUGCCUGCACAUCAGACUGAGGUCACGAGACAAGGACUGUCCACCGGGUAG